CGCCUCUGUCAGCAUAGACAGCGACAGAAUUCGACACGGCUGGAAACAUGAUGUUCACCUGCUACCCUAGCUCUCAAGAAAUAUAUAUUUAGGGACAACCCACUGGGCAAACACUGGUUGAAUCAACGUUAUUGUUUCCACGUAUUUUCAACGUUGAACCAACGUGGAAUAUAUGAUGAAUUGACAUCAGUACCCAGCGGGAAGGCUAAGUUCCAGAACGCACUGAGAACUGUCAAGUCAAGCCGUUUGCUUUCAUUUCCAUAUUAUGAAAGACAAUAGCGCCGGCAGCAGUGCUUAUUACUGCGCAUUUGAGUUGUGCGCCAUUCGGGUCACUGAAUCUCUUUUUGACUUUCUAUUAUGACGAGUCGCCGACGACAUCACAACGGAACGCACCUCAGCAGUAGAUGAUGGUUAAAGCUAUGUAAAAUAUUCCCAUUCUCGUCGGGUAAAGCGAUGCCUAGGCUACUGACAGAGAACCAUGAUUUGCAGAGGAUAUAUUUUGGAUAGUCUACUUUGCGAGAGCAAGAGUGUGUGGUUGUCUGUCAAGCACGGAGUCGCUUUGGCGCGCUAAAGCAUCGUGGAUAAGAUGAUUGUCAGUUAUUUCACGUAGCGAAGCGAACACCAAACAAAACCCACAGCUACAAAAUUCCACAUUUGUAGCGGAUUUCAGAAAGACGGGUAGGGUGCGCGCCCACCGGUUGCUGUGAUGAAACCCUCUCCAGGCAACGGGGUGAACCUCCAGACUCAUCGAGAAGAAUUGGUGUCCAACGGAGGCUGCGGAAUGUCAGACACCGUGACAGCUGUCCAAACCAACACUGGUCCCGGAUCCCCCAUGACUGACAAGCCGGGUGCAGGAGGAGAUACAGACGCCAAAGGAAUCCCGCGGCGGAGCAGUAUUAUCAAGGAUGGUUCUCGUGCUGGUCGUGAGAGGAAGAAGACGGUCUCCUUCAGCAGCAGUCUCUCUGAGAGGAAGAUCAGCAGCGCUGCAGACUGCAUCAGUGCUAUGGUGGUGAGGGGUACUGAGCUGCGGAAAGUGCGCUCCAACUCACGAGUCUACCAACGCUACUACCUGCUGGAGUCAAGUCUGCAGGCCCUGCGAUGGGAGCCCUCCAAGAAGGAGUCAGAUAAGGCCCGCAUCGCUGUCUCCUCCAUCAGAGAGGUCCGCACCGGCCGCAACACAGAGACAUUUAGGACCAACGGCAUCUAUGACCAGAUCUCUGAGGACUGUGCCUUCUCGAUCAUCUACGGAGAGACCUAUGAAGCUCUGGACCUGGUAGCUAACUCUGCAGAGGUUGCCAACGUUUGGGUAACUGGCCUGAGGUAUCUGAUUCUGUAUGGGAAGCGUGCCAUGGAUAUGAUAGCCAGCAGUGAGGACAGCCUUCGUCUCAUCUGGCUAGCAGAGAUGUUCUCCUCUAAGGUUGUUUCAAAUGGACUCGGUGGAAGAGAGGAGGAGGGGAUCAGUUUGCGGUCGGCGGUAGGACUGAUCAAGAGUGUUAACCCUGGAGUGAGGAGUGGGAAAGUAGAACGCAGGUUUAAGGAGCUCCAUCGAAUCAAAGAGAGGACGAGGGGGGCUCGGACAACUGGAGUUGGAACUGAUGUUGGGGCUGUGGCUCUACCUGAAGCAAUGGUUGGGACUUCAGUUGUAGCUGGAGCUGGGACUGGUUCUGGGGAUGGAAUUGAGAUGGUCGGUAUAGGAGAUGUGACUGGGACUAGAACUGAGGUGGUGGGUAAAGGAGAUGUGACUGGGACUAGAACUGAGGUGGUCGGUAUUGGAGAUGGGGCUGGGACUAGAACUGAGGUGGUCGGUACAGGAGAUGUGACUGGGACUAGAACUGAGGUGAUCGGUAAAGGAGAUGUGACUGGGACUAGAACUGAGGUGGUCGGUAUAGGAGAUGUGACUGGGACUAGAACUGAGGUGGUGGCUAAAGGUAACACAGACAACAGAAGAGGAGAAAUAGAGGACAGGGUCACCAAGGAGGAGUUCAUUGAGGUAUUUCACGAACUUUGCACCCGACCGGAGAUCUACUUCCUCCUUGUGCAGUUCUCUAGCAACAAGGAGUUCCUGGAUACCAAGGAUCUGAUGAAGUUCCUGGAGGCUGAGCAGGGCGUGGCUCAGGUGACUGAAGACACCAGUCUGGAGCUCAUCCAAUCCCACGAGCCGUCGGAGGAGGGCCGUCGCCAGGGCUGCCUCUCAUUGGACGGUUUCACCAGCUAUCUUAUGUCCCUGGAGUGCCACUUGUUUGACCCGGAGCACAGCCAGAUGUGCCAGGACAUGAGCCAACCCUUAUCUCACUACUACAUCAACUCGUCCCACAACACCUACCUCAUCGAGGACCAGUUCAGGGGGCCCUCUGACAUCACCGGCUACAUCCGGGCUUUAAAGAUGGGCUGCAGGUGUGUGGAGGUGGACGUGUGGGACGGCCCUGAUGACGAACCCGUGGUUUAUACUGGUUACACCCUUACCUCGCCUGUCCUGUUCCGCUGUGUCCUGGACGUGAUUGGGUGCUUUUCAUUCACAGCGUCAGAGUGUCCUCUAAUCCUGUGCUUGGAGAACCACUGCUCCCCCUGCCAGCAGAGAGUCAUGCUCCAGCACCUGAGGAGGAUACUAGGGGAGAGGUUGUACACGGGGCCCCUCGGGGAAGGGGAGGGGUACCUGCCCUCGCCCCAUGCCCUGAGGGGCAAGAUCCUGCUGAAGGGGCAGAAGUUGAAGGAGGGGUGUGGUGAGACGGAGGGGGAUGUGACUGAUGAAGACGAGGGGGCGGAGAUGUGCCAGAGGAUGAAGGCUGGUAACAGUGAAGGAGGAGGGGAGGGGAGACAGAAAGGUGGUGGGGGGGGUGUUACUAGUAGCGUGAAAACCCUGACCCCUCCUACCACCCCUAAACGGUUCCAGCUCCUUAAGGAGCUCUCGGACUUGGUGACUCUGUGCAAGUCAGUACGUUUCACAGACUUCCAGAAGUCUUUCUCAACCCAGAAACCCUGGGAGUUCUGCUCGUUCAACGAGACCCUAGCGGUGCGCUGCGCCAGCGAGCGCCCGGGAGACUUUGUCAACUACAACAAGCGCUUCCUGUCGCGGGUCUACCCCAGCGCCAUGCGCAUCGACUCCAGCAACAUGAACCCACAGGACCUGUGGAAGUGUGGUUGCCAGAUUGUGGCUAUGAACUACCAGACACCCGGGUUGAUGAUGGACCUUAACAUCGCCUGGUUCCGCCAGAACGGGAAUUGUGGGUAUGUGCUGCGACCCACCAUCAUGCGACAGGAGGUUUCAUAUUUCAGCGCCAAUACAAGAGAAUCUGUGCCGGGUGUGUCCCCUCAGCUGCUCCAUGUUAAGGUGAUCAGUGGUCAGAACUUGCCCCGUCCGUGUGGUUCUGGAGCUAAAGGAGAUGUGGUGGACCCAUAUGUCUACGUGGAGAUCCAUGGUAUCCCUGCCGACUGUGCCGAGCGCCGCACCCGCACGGUGGUGGAGAACGGAGACAACCCCAUCUUCGACGAAAGCUUUGAGUUCCAGAUCAACCUGCCCGAGCUGGCCAUGGUGCGCUUCGUGGUGCUUGAUGAUGAAUUCAUAGGGGACGAGUUCAUAGGUCAGUAUACCAUUCCCCUGGAGUGCUUACAGCCAGGCUACCGGCACGUACCAUUACAGUCUCUGAUGGGGGAGGACCUCCCGUACGCCCGGCUGUUCGUCCAUGUGGCUCUCACCAACCGGAGAGGAGGGGGCAAGUCCCACAAGCGGGGGCUGUCUGUGCGAAAGGCGAGGCGAGGGAGGGAGUACGCUGCACUCAGGGACCUGGGGGUCAAAGCCUUGGAUGAUGUUUUCAAAAUGGCGGCUCCGUCAUUGAAGGAAGCCACAGACAUGCGGGAGAACAUGCAGAACUCGGUGGCAGUUUUCAGGGAUCUGUGUGGGGUGUCAGCGGUGGCUAACCUCAUGCAGUGUGUGUUGGCUCUGGGGGCCCGUGUUUCUGGCGCUGACGGGGCCCCCCUGCUGCUGUUUGAGCUGAAGGAGCAGUACCCCUCCAUGGAGUCUCAGGGGCCCCUGCCGGACGUCCUACGCAGGGUGGUGUCCACUUAUGAAAUGAUGAUCCAGGCGAGCAGAGCGGUGAUCGAGCUGUCAGACGGAGUCUACGACAGGAUCCUACAGAUACAGACAACAGCCAUGGAGUUCCAUGAGAAGUUAAAGCCCAUGGCAGUGAAGGAGGGGCUUAAAGGUCGUAAGGUCACCAGAGCUGUGGAGAGUUUCAGCUGGAACAUCACAAUACUGAAGGGGCAGGCAGACCUGCUGAAACAGGCUAAGACGGAGGUACAGGAGAACAUAAAGCAGGUCCACUACGCUGCCCUGACCUCUAACCUCAGUAAGGGCGGGACAGGAGAGACAAGCCACACUCGGCGCAGCCUGGACGCACUUCCUUCAAUGUCGGGUACAGCUCCGGCAAGUUUCCCUUAGUCACAGACAGGUCUAGGAACAGUUUUACCUGUCUAAAAGUAUAUAUUGAACCAUAAGGGGGAAAUGUAAAAACUGACCGUAGGUCCGUUUCUAAUGGCACAAUCGUCCUAUUCUGAGGAUUGUCAGGGUGAUAAGAAGUUGCUACAUACGUUCUAUAGUGAUAGGCUCCUUCUGCAUCUCACCCGGGGGGCUGCUGAAGAUUAGUCUGCCAUUUUCUCCAGACAACGAUGAGGAAGAAGGAGGAUGGACUCAGUUGAAGAGAAAAACUGUUAUAGCACUGCCAAGAGGGAGGAGUAAUGUCAAAGACACUGGAGACAGGAAUGUAGAGAGGAAUGAAGGAAUGAGGUCUGAGAGAAAGAGACAAUCAGACUGCCCUGUCCCCUACUUUGUAUGCAGCUAUAAAUAAGAAAUGUUUAAUCCUGCUCUCUAUGGGGCCGAUUCAGACCCGAGUUAUGCACUUGUAAAUGGAACUUAAUUCCCUUUUUAUGCGCUUUUCUUUAAAACGUAUUCUGACCUUGAAUUUAAAAAAAUGUUUCAGCCAGCUAUUCUUUCAGAGUGGAGAUCAGAGAAAUUAAUACAUUUAAAAAACUGAAAUAUCACAUUUACAUAAGUAUUCAGACCCUUUACUCAGUACUUUUUGAAGCAUCUUUGGCAGUGAUUCCAGCUGCAAGUCUUCUUGGAAGGGGAACCUUCACCCCAGUCUGAGGUCCUGAGCGCUCUGGAGCGGGUUUUCAUCAAGGAUCUCUCUAUGCUUUGCUCCAUUCAUCUUUCCCUCGAACCUGACUAGUCUCCCAGUCCCUGCAGCUGAUAAACAUACCCACAGCAUGAUGCUGCCACCACGUGCUUCACCGUAGAGAUGGUGCCAGGUUUCCUUCAGACUUGAAGCUUGGCAUUCAGGCCAAAGAGUUCAAUCUUGGUUUCAUCAGCCCAGAGAAUCUUGUUUUUGAGCCUUUUGGCAAACUCCAAGUGGGCUGUCAUAUGUCUUGCACUGAGGAGUGGGCACUCUAGCAUAAAGGCCUGAUUGGUGGAGUGCUGCAGAGAUGGUUGUCCUUCUGGAAGGUUCUCCCAUCUCCUCAGAAGAACUCUAGAGCUCUAUCAGAUUGACCAUCAGGUUCUUGGUCACCUCCCUGACCAAGUCCCAUCUCCCCCGAUUGCUCAGUUUGGCUGGGCAAGCCAGCUCUCGGAAGAGCCUCUGUGGUUCUAAACUUCUUCCAUUUAAGAAUGAUGGAGGCCACUGUGUUCUUGGGGACCUUCAAUGCUGCAGACAUUUUUUGGUACCCUUCCCCAGAUCUGUGCCUCGACACAAUCCAUUCUUGGAACUCUACGGACAAUUCCUUUGAUCUCAUGGCUUGGUUUUUGCUCUGACAUGCACUGUCAACUGUGGGACAUUAUAUAGACAGGUGUGUGCCUUUCCAAAUCAUGUCCAAUCAAUUUAAUUUACCACAAGUGGACUUCAAUCAAGUUGUAGAAACAUAUAAUGGAUGAUCAAUGGAAACUCCACCUGAGCUCAAUUUCGAGUCUCAUAGCAAAGGGUAUGAAUACUUACGUAAAUAAGGUUUAUUUUUUUAAUACAUUUGCAAAAAUGUAUAAAAACCUGUUCGCUUUAUCAUUGUGAGGUAUUGUGUGUAGUUUGAAGAUCUUUUUUAUUUAAUCCAUUUUAGUAUAAGUCUGUAAUGUAACUACAUGUGGAAGAAGUCAAGGGGUCUGAAUACUUUGCGAAGGCACUGUGUGCUGUAUUCUUACCUUAAUUCCACCAACUUUACGUACGAGGAAAGGAUGGUUAAGGUCGAGCAACCUGUCGGUUCCAGGUGGAACAUCUACUUCAUUCUUUCCCGAUACAAAUAACACCAUUCUCCACACACUGUAAUUUACAAAUUGAUAAGAAAUAUUGAUUUGGUCUAGGUAAAUGAGUAAACCAUUUGGAUAAGGGGAUAGUAAAUAUAAAUUACAAUUGUUUAGAACUAUUUUACCUUGAUGACUCCAGAUGAAUGGGAAACCAGUCAUAUGUCAGUAAACUGAAGCAUAACAUGUCAACUUUUACACAGUGAAUUUGAUGAAAUGCUGGCCUUAACUUGCAGGGAUGAAAUGCAGAGACUCAAGCUGUAGGUUGAUAAUAGCAUAGCGCCAAACCUACCGAGUUGAUUUAUAGAAUGUUUUAAUUAUAUGCCCCGACUUCUCACCGUAUUUUUUUACAAUUUGUAUUCUGUUAAAUAUAGCCACCGUCCAUUUUACCCACAUACAUUUAUAACCACUAUUUUUGAUUCACCAAUAUAUUUUGUGCAUAAAAGCCAUCCAAACGUACUUUUUUUUAUUUUUCAGAAAUACUUUCCUAACCCUAAACAAUAUACAAUGAUCUGAGUAUUUUUAAAUCUACCAAUUGGUGCUGAAAAGGAGAUGUGUAUUUACAUGGCUUUCUUUCAUUAAUGCCUAAUAUUCUGAACAGUUCUUUCCAUAUAUUGUCUGCUGAGAAAAUUCUAAUUAAAAGGUACGCACAAUUUUAAGGGGUGGCUUCAGAUAAAUGUACUGAAAACUCCACAAGAAAAUCUGUUGGUCAGCCAGUGGAAAGAUUUUCAGCUGUGUAAUUACAUUUAUUCGCUCGCGUAAGGGAACCACACCUGCAAAGCCAAUUACGCACCUACAUAAGGUAAGUCUGAAUACCAACUACUGACGAGUAGGAAAGGGGUGCGUGCAUUUCCUAAGUCUGAAUCGGGCCCUAUGUGCAAUGUUUGUUACUCUUGGUUUGUGUUUAUUUUGGGGGGAGUGAAGAGGGUUCAGGGUCAUGAAACUAUAGUCUCUUCAGAAAGUAUUGACACCCCUUGAUUUUUUUCACCAUUUUGUUGCGUUACAGCCUCUACUUAAAAUGGUUCUCCUUCCAUGGCACUUAGACCACUGUUUUGUUAUGGUGUUGUCACAUUACGCUAUUUUAAUAUCUGGUUUUAUCCUCAUUGAGUAAAAUAUUACUGCAUUUUUACAAAA